GCGUCACGCGGGCGGCCGCCAAGAUGGCGAAGGUCUCGGAGAUGUACGACGUGACCUGGGAAGGUAACGCCGCGGCCAGCCGCCGGCCUGGCUAGGGACGGACCGGGAGGGCCCCGCGCCUCGGUGCACAGCGGAGGCGGUGCAGCCCGCGCGGUCGGCUCGGAGUUCCGCUGCGCACCGGGCCCGAAAAUGCCGGAGCCGGCGUUCUCAGGCCGGGCGGUGAGGCGAAGUGACGGCGGCUCCUUCUGGGUGCUCGGGCUGUGCGUGACCGCACCCGCGGGGCUGUGCCGCCGGAGGGGCCAUCUCGGCGGCCUGCCGCACCCCCUCGGUGCGCGGCUGGGUCCCGCCUGCCCGUAGCUCAGAAACACGGAGGGAGCGACCUGCGUGCUGUGCCCCCCCGCCCUGCCGGCCAUGGCUUGGGGCGGGUUUCCUCGCAGAAUGAGCUGACCCGAUUAGCGUGGCAUUCAGUGGGUAUAUCGAUCCCCAUCCCCGGUGUCGUGCUGGGAAUCUUAGAAUUGCUCAGGUUAGAAAGCACUUUCAAGGUCAUCAAGUCCAACCUAAGGGAAAGAACUCCUCAGUGGGGCCUACAGCACAUCGUGGCCCUGUCCUCCUCCCAGAGUCCCAGUGCUGCUCUUUUAAGAGAAAAUACCUCUCGGCCAACCUUCUGGCUCGAUCAGCAGUUUGCAUCAGUUCCCUCUUUGCGGGGGGGGCUUUAACAAGGUUUGAGCAGGCAUUCAGAUUUGUGUUUAAGCCCUAGAGGCCGAGGAGACAGCAGAUCACAGCUUGGAUGUCGGGCUUUUGGUAGUUUGAUGGGUUCCCUGGUGAAGGCAGUCCCUGGGAGGAUCUGUGCACAGCUGCCUCCUGUUGCCAUCUUCCAGAGCGGGCUUCUCCUUGCUGUUUUCAUUCAGAAUUUGGGCAAACACUUGAAAAAGCAUCUUUCCUUAUCAUACUUUAUACUGUCUUUCAUGCCAUCAUCUAUUUGGUAAGGGCAGUUCGGUAAAGUUUUGUUAUUUCUGCAAGUUCUUUUAUGUAUGUUGUGAGAAGGUACUGCAACGGUUGUGAAGCAGUGGCUGAGAAGUUGCAGGGAGGAAAGGAGUGUUAAUUGACAGCUAGCUGGAAAGGCUGGUGACAUCCUGGCUUGUAUCAAAAAUAGGAGCAGGGGGGUGAUCGUCCCUCUAUACUUAGCACUGGUCGCACCUUGAGUGCUAUGUUCAGUUUUGGGCCUAUUGCUACAAAGAAGACAUUGAGGUCCAGGAGUGUAUCCAGGGGAGAGCAAUGAAACUGCAAGGAAUAUGAAACCCAAGUCUUAUGAGGAGCAGCUGAGGGAACUGGGAUUGUCCUGUCUAGAGAAGAGAAGGCUCAGGGCAGACCUUAUCACUCUCUGCAGCUCUCUGAAAGGAGGUUGUGGCGAAAUGGAGAUAAGCCUUUUCUCCCAGGUGACAGUGAUGUAAUGAUAGGUGAUGGCCUUAAAUUGCUCCAGUAGAGGUUCAGGUUGGAUGUUAGGAAAAAUUUCUUUUCUGAAAGAGUGAUUAGGUUUUGGAACAGGCUGCCCGGUGAAGUAGUUGAGGCUUUCAAGAAAAGGGUAGGUGUAGCACUGAGUGACAUGGUCUAGAGUAGUCACAGACAUGGGUUGAUGGUUGGACUAGAUGUUCUCAGUGGUCUUUUCCAACCGUAAUGAUUCUAUGAAGUACUAGUAGUGAGGAGGCCAUUGCAUGGGAAGGAAAGUUGUGUGGGGCAUUGCUAGCAGUAUUGUAAGGCUUUCCCAAUUUGAAAAUAUUUGAACAUCUGAAAAUAAUAUUUCUUUUCUCUGUCAUUAGGAAGUGUGUAAUAGGGUAAAAGCGAAAUUCUUGAACAGACUGUAGAAAGACUCUUCACAGAGAAAAAGGCGUUUCUCUCUAAUUCUGCAGGUCCCCAGCACAGUGAGGCUUUUUAUUACAGGGUCAUUCCAGGAGGGUUGUGAACUGGUCCCUAAGGGAGAGCUUAAAUGCAGCACUCAGAAGUGAUAGUAGCAUAUCUUGAGUUUCUCUACAAUGCUUGUUUUUCCAACUAGCUGUCUGGUUGGUAUUUAUCUGAAAAGUGUCCUUUAUGUACUAAGUCCUUGGAAGACAGGAUGACUUACUUAAAUAUAGCUCAAAUAUGAGAAGGGGACUGGGGGUUGUGGAAGAAGUAUGUACGUGAGGCAUGUGAAGUACGUUUUGUACUCUACUUCAUUUUAUACUUGUUUUUUUUCCUGUGACAAAGCUAGCUGUUAAACUGUGAUGAAAUUGUCAUUUAGGUGAAUGCGUUGUACAGCUGUUUAGAAAAGAUCAUCUGAUAAUACGGCUUUAACCCGUAUUUUGAAAUCUGGGGAGCAAGAAAACCAUUUCACAGUCUUGAUCAAUGAAUUUAGAUGGUCUGAAUGUGGCCUCAGAUUGCUAUUGCAUUAAUGUGAGCACAUGUGAAUAUGAACACACAUCUUAAAAUUUACAUCUAAUGAUUUGAGACUAAGGCUGUAUGCCUUUUCUUUUUUCCAUCGUUGAUAAUUAUCCCAUGGAAAAUGACAUUAUAGUUCCUACCUGAUUAUAUCGACAAGAAUUAAAAUAGGUAUAAGAAUUAGCAACUCUGUGGAAUGACAGGGAGCCCAGCAUUGCUGGUCUGGUGAAGCAGCGCAGUGCUGUAGAUGAGCCUGUCAGUACCAGCUGGCCACGUGCAGCCUCCUGCAGGAGCCUCAUAGGCUAAGCAGGACUUGGAGACCAUUCAUAAAUAUUUAACAUGAUUUCAGUGACACAUUAAGGAUGAAUUUGGCCCACGAGUGGUUUUUUUGGAAAAGAUACACUCUAUAUAAAGUUAUUUUAAAGGCUGAUUUUGUAGCACAGAAGUUAGCCUGUGUGUGCUGGAUUAGCUUGACAUGCAAACAAGAAGUGGUCACGGUGGUCAAGAACUAAUAAAGCGACAGUUGGCUUUCACAGAAGAUCCGCCUGACAUAUUGUCAGAAUUGAACAAAGUAAUCCCACUUUUCUUUCUCACCUUUGCACCAAGGCAUAAUUGCAGUAACACCUCAAACCCAUCUAGCAGGAAGCAGACUUACAGCUAGUGAGACCUGAGCUUUCUGGAGACCUGAAGUGCUGUUCCUAUUGCAGUCCAUCAUUCUACACCGAAUAUCAAAACCAGAAAACCAAGAGAGAGAUGAGAUGUGCUCUGAACUAUGUUUAUUUCAGUUAUUAUUUUCACUUGUUUUCAAUUUGAAAGGCUUUAAAUAGCUCUUGUGAUGACUGUUAUUUAAGCUGGCUUUUCUGGAUCACUAAAUCAGUGUUAAAAAUUGCUCUGCUUACAUGGUGGUACACCAAGGAGUUUUAUGUUUUCAUGUGAGAAGUUUUUCAAGGAAUUCUUUAUAAUUGCUGAAAUUUCCAACAAGACUUAUAUAACAGUCUGUGCAUGUGAGGCCAUGUAUUUUUUUGUAAGUAUGCGUGUUGGUGAACAUUAUAUACAACAAAGAGAAAAUCCCAAAUGGAUUGUAAAGCUGAACACUGACUUCAGCAUCUCUACUCAUUAAAGACAUCCACUUUAGAUGACAAAAUUGCUUCCUUCCUCUGACUUAGAUGCUGAAUUCACAUUUACUAUGUAUGGGAAGACUCGAGAAUAGAAAACUGUCUCGCAUUUUGUCUCUAUCAUCAUCUGUUUGCAAUUAAAUGAUGAUGAAUUGUUUUUGUUGUGUUCCAUGCUGUGUUUGCUUGCUUCUUUGUAUUCCUAUUUUCUGCCAAAACCAAAGGACAGACCAGUUUACUCUGGAUUUUAUGUAUGAAUUGAUGUGAUUACAGCAGGCAAAGGUGAGAUCCUGAGAUUUGAGUUGAGGCUGCUUUGAAAGCGGAGUUGUUGCAGCCAAAGGCAGCAUCAGCGCUGCCAGUUGAAUUUCCUUUGCCUCUUCCUGCACGCACAGAGUGCCGGUCAGGCUGGGUUAAGGAGUGGGGCUGGAGACCUGCCUGGAGCAGGAGCCGGGGCCAUACAGACCGUGCGGGUGGAGGUGAGCCUGUUCUGCCAGUGGCGAUGUGACUGUAGGGGUUUGUUUGCUUGGUAUUUUAAGAGGAGAGAGUUGAGCUGAGGUGUGGUGGGAGAUCUGGUAUCUAUAACAGGAGGGUGAUAUAAAAAUGAGCUCCAGAAAUGUAACGGCUGGGGACUGACCAGGGCAGUGGUUUUUAUGCGUCAGGGUCACAUUUUCCCUUGUAUAUCUCAUAUGUUUCUCUUCGUAUGUCUCUGCUAACAGGGCUAACUACCUUCAUUUCAUGAGGUGCUUUUAGAUACUGAAGACUUGAAACACGUGGUUCAGCUGAAUACCUAUGAGUCAUUAUAAAAGAGUUGCAUAGUAUGUGGUUGCUCAGCCCGUAUUACCUGACACCUUAACAAGAACAAAAUAAGGGCUAUUUCCUUUGGCUUCCUGUAGACUGCUGCAUGUCUUUAGGGAACAAGAAACACUGUGAUAUGCGUGAUAAAAUGAGGAAAUGGAGGGAAGAAAACUACCGAAACAGUGAGCAGAUAGUGGAUGUUGGAGAAGAGUUAAUUAAUGAAUAUGCGUCUAAGCUUGGAGAUGACAUUUGGAUAAUAUACGAACAGGUGAUGAUUGCUGCCCUGGACUGCAGUCGAGAUGAUUUGGCACUGUUUUGCCUUCAGGAACUAAGGAGGCAGUUUCCUGGGAGCCAUAGAGUUAAGCGAUUGACUGGAAUGAGAUUUGAAGCUAUGGAAAGGUACGAUGAUGCCAUCCAAUUAUAUGAUAGAAUUUUACAGGAGGAUGCAACCAAUACAGCAGCAAGGAAGCGUAAGAUUGCCAUUCGAAAAGCCCAGGGGAAAAAUCUUGAGGCCAUCCGAGAGCUGAAUGAGUAUCUGGAACAAUUUGUUGGAGACCAGGAAGCUUGGCAUGAACUUGCAGAACUUUACAUCAACGAACAUGACUAUGCAAAAGCAGCCUUCUGCUUAGAGGAGCUUAUGAUGGCUAAUCCACACAACCACUUAUAUUGUCAGCAAUAUGCUGAAGUUAAAUAUACUCAAGGGGGGCUUGAAAACCUCGAGCUAUCAAGAAAAUAUUUUGCACAAGCACUGAAACUUAACAAUAGAAAUAUGAGAGCUUUGUUUGGACUUUACAUGUCUGCAAGCCAUAUUGCCUCCAAUCCAAAAGCAAGUGCAAAAAUGAAAAAAGAUAAUAUGAAAUAUGCCAGCUGGGCAGCGAAUCAAAUAAAUAGAGCCUACCAGUUUGCAGGUCGCAGUAAGAAAGAAACUAAAUACUCCCUGAAAGCAGUGGAAGACAUGUUGGAGACCCUGCAAAUCACUCAGUCUUAGGUUGGCACAAAGAGGUCCAAUAUUAAAUUUUCAGAUUCUUUGAUUAAACUUUAAUAACUUAUGGGUUAUGUUACUCCAGUGCUGUUAAAAAUUAAUUUUGUAUUGAUUAAUGUGGCUAUCUAAAAUAACGUUUUCUGAGAAGUAAAAUGCCUAUUUAUUGCUGCUAUCUGAAAUGUGAUGAACACCCACUGAAAUGAGUAACUUAUCAAAGUAGAUGACAUAAAGAAAUGUAAUGAGUUGCACAACCGUCUCUUAGAUUUUGUAUGUACAGUACCUGCUUUUAAGCCAUAAUUUGUAGAAAUAAACUUGUUAAAUGACUAAAA